AUGAGGGAAAUCGUACAUAUACAGGCUGGACAGUGCGGCAAUCAGAUCGGUGCAAAGUUCUGGGAGGUGAUAUCAGACGAGCAUGGCAUUGAUCCAACUGGCACAUACCACGGCGAUUCCGACCUUCAGUUGGAGCGUAUUAAUGUGUACUAUAACGAGGCGACCGGGGGGAAGUAUGUGCCUCGAGCGAUUCUGGUGGAUCUCGAACCGGGCACAAUGGACUCUGUCCGGUCAGGGCCCUUCGGACAGAUCUUUCGCCCAGAUAACUUUGUGUUCGGCCAGUCUGGCGCAGGCAACAAUUGGGCGAAAGGACACUACACGGAAGGGGCAGAACUGGUAGACUCUGUUUUAGAUGUUGUAAGGAAAGAAGCUGAGGGCUGCGAUUGUUUACAAGGUUUUCAGUUGACACACUCGCUUGGUGGCGGGACGGGCGCUGGCUUGGGGACCUUACUCAUUUCGAAGAUCCGUGAAGAAUACCCAGAUCGUAUAAUGAACACAUUUAGCGUUGUACCUUCCCCGAAAGUAUCAGACACGGUAGUCGAACCAUACAAUGCGACGCUAUCUGUACACCAGCUGGUAGAGAACACUGACGAAUCUUAUUGCAUCGAUAACGAAGCCCUUUAUGACAUAUGCUUCCGGACUCUUAAGCUGACGACACCAACCUACGGCGACUUAAACCAUUUGGUGUCUGCGACAAUGUCUGGAGUCACAACAUGUCUGAGGUUCCCGGGUCAACUGAAUGCUGAUUUGAGGAAACUGGCCGUUAACAUGGUGCCGUUCCCUCGUCUUCACUUCUUCAUACCUGGGUUUGCUCCACUGACAUCCAGAGGUAGUCAGCAAUAUAGAGCGUUGACAGUGCCCGAAUUGACGCAGCAAAUGUUUGACGCGAAAAACAUGAUGGCCGCGUGUGAUCCGCGUCACGGGAGGUACCUGACUGUUGCUGCGGUAUUCAGGGGGCGAAUGUCUAUGAAGGAAGUCGACGAGCAAAUGAUGAAUAUCCAGAACAAGAAUUCUUCCUACUUCGUCGAGUGGAUUCCGAAUAAUGUAAAAACAGCUGUUUGCGAUAUCCCGCCGCGUGGUUUGAAAAUGUCUGCUACUUUUAUUGGCAAUUCCACUGCUAUUCAGGAGUUGUUCAAGCGUAUUUCUGAGCAGUUCACUGCUAUGUUUAGGCGUAAGGCUUUCCUCCACUGGUACACUGGUGAGGGUAUGGACGAAAUGGAGUUUACCGAGGCCGAGAGCAACAUGAAUGACUUGGUUUCUGAAUACCAGCAGUACCAGGAUGCUACGGCUGAGGAAGAGGGUGAAUUCGACGAAGAGGAGGAAGGCGGAGACGAGGGAGACUAG